AUGGCGCCCGCACAGCUCGAGCUGUUCAAGUUCAGUCUCUACGUCUUCCUCCCCGUGUACGCGAUGCUGCACUACGGAGACCCAGACUGGUACGAGAAGUGGAUCAGCCCGCUGCGGCCGGCGUUCAGGAGGGACGAUGCGAAGCAGAUCGAGCCACCGAAAGACUCGGGCGAACUCAAAGCCGAGAUCGAGCGACUGCGGCAAGAGCGACUCGCGAGGAAGGCAGCGCGGAGCGAACACCAAGAGGCGUCGAAUGACCGGCGAGUGUAG